GUGGAUAAAGGUAGUCUGGAUUCGUCUCUGUCGUCAGAUGAGCUCCCUCGUUGUAUCGGAAGGAGGAAUAAUCGGCUUCUUUUGGGCUAAAAGAUGGCAAACCCUGUUGUAUUCUUUGACAUCACAAUUAAUGGCGCCAGCGCGGGCAGGAUCACAAUGGAGCUUCGAGCAGACGUAGUACCGAAGACUGCCGAGAACUUCCGGGCGCUGUGCACGGGUGAGAAGGGUUUCGGCUACAAGAAUUCCACCUUUCACCGCAUCAUUCCUGCCUUUAUGUGCCAGGGCGGCGACUUCACCAAGCAUGACGGGACGGGAGGCAAGUCCAUCUACGGCGAGAAGUUCGCCGACGAGAACUUCACGCUGAAGCACGGCGGCUUUGGGACGCUUUCCAUGGCCAACGCCGGAACCAACACCAAUGGCUCGCAGUUCUUCCUCUGCACGGCGGAAACCGAUUGGCUGGAUGGGAAGCACGUGGUGUUCGGGAAGGUGUUGGAAGGCUCUGAUGUGCUGAAGAAGAUGGACAAGCUUGGGAGCUCCAAAGGGGACCCCAAAGCCAAGGUGGUCAUCGCCGACUGUGGCCAGAUCAAGUAGCUCCACAGCGCCCCCUGCACGCCUGCUUUGUGUUGUCACUAAACUACAUCAACCCGAUGUGUGGCGUCUUCUUCAUGACAGCACUACACAUGUUCACCACCAGGGGGAACCUUUGGCUAGGAAGUCACAUCAAUUCUCGUUAAGCAACAAAAUGGUCAGAAAUUUGAUUUUUUUUUAAAAUUUGUUUUUUAAAUAAAUAAAAGCCACUGUAAAUCUUUCA